AUGACUUCAAAUAGAAUCCCAUUACACCGUGUUCAAGGGACACAUUACGAAUAUUCGUAUCAACUCGGUCAAUUGACACGCGAAUCAAUUCGACAACGUAUUGCAAAUGAUUUCGCCUAUUUAUCGAAAUUAUUCCAUUUUAUUCAAACCGAAUACGGACAAAAAUUGCAUCGAGGUUUCAUUGAAACCACUCGCUCCAUUUAUCCAUGGUAUUGGGACGAAAUUCGUGGAUUAGCGGAUGGAUCUCAAGUUCCACUCGAGCAGAUUGUUGUUUUGAACUUUCUAAAUGAAACCCGGACAGUUUAUCGUCUGCUUGACGAAAAGAAAAAGCUCGAAAAUGAAACAGGCGAACAAGGCUGCACAACGGUGUUAAUCAAUCGAAAAGAUACGGAGACACUAUCAUUAUUGCAUAACGAAGAUCAUUCAAGUGCACUGUAUAUGACAGGCUAUCUAGUUGAAGCUGAUAUUCAACCGAGUAAAUACGAUAAUGAUCAACGUGAUAGUCCUAAAGAGAAGUUUGUUGCUUAUUGUUAUGCUGGGUCAAUUCCAGGAAACGCAUUUGGUGUUAAUGUACAUGGUUUUGUUUGUGCAUUGAAUGGACUCUAUCCAGAUUUUGUAGUCGCCGAUCGUUUACCGCGUCAGAUUGUCAAUCGUGCAUUACUUUCCGUCAAGAAUGAAGACGAGUUAGAUAAACUACUGCAAUCAUCACCUGUUGCAUAUGGAUUUUGUAUCAAUGGUGGUUUCCUUCGUCAAAAAACACAUCUACUCAACUACGAAAUCGGUCCGAAUCUAAAUGAAAACAAUCAAAAUUACAUCAGUAAAUGUCGAAUUAUCAAUUCGGAAGGUAAGUUCAAUGACGAUUCCGACGCUCGCAAUUAUCUUGUACAUUACAAUCACUAUGAACGAUUGAAUCAUGUUAUCCGUCAACAAAAAGCACUCGAUUCCUCGUAUAGUCGGUGGAAACGUGGUAAAGAACUCGGUGAAAUCUUCACUACUGCCGAUGCCAUCAGAUUACUUGGUGAUCAUGAAAAUGAACAAUUUCCGAUAUUUCGUACUUCGAACGGAUCCGAUGUUAACUCCGUGACACUUUGCACGGUACAUAUUAAUUUCCUUACGUUACAACUUGAAAUCUAUCAACAAAAUCCUAAAGACAACAAGCAACCAUCGAUUACUUAUAAUCUACGAGAUAUAUUUUCUUCAGAAUGA